GGAGUAACAUACAGUCUACAAACCAAAGAGCAAUUUUGCGAGGUGGUAGAAUUCUCGCUAGUGCUUCGGCAACGAGGAGAGAGGUAUAUCAUCGGCCACGCAAGAGCUUAUAAUGCAAGCAAGACUAUUCAGGUUGUUUAUGACAAGCAAAAAUGAAGACUACGUCAGGAAAAAGUUGAAGCUCAACGGGCUGAAGGAAGACGCGUUUAGAAACCACGACAACUACAAGUAUCUCCUCCAAUAUGUGAAUACACUGGCACAACACAGAGUCCGGGAGUACGAUAUUUGGAAUGAGUUGGGCUUUGAUAAAGUCGAUGAAGUGACUCGCGUGAGUACGGAAAACUUCAAGGUAUACAAGGCUUUCGUGAACAAGUUCGAUGACAGAGUGGCUUUGAAAUACAUCUAAAUUCUAUUUUCAACAAAGAUGCCCCUGAGGCUGAAAAGCAAGCCAGGGCAACGAUAUGGGGCGAAACAAUACGGGA